GUUAGUGUACUCUAGAGUGUGAUUGUUUGAUCCCUACUAGUGUAUAGUGCAUGGGCUGUCAGAGACUACUCUAGAGUAUGACUGAUCCCUGUUAGUGCACUAGCUGGCUGACUUCACUCAUUCUGUCCGUUGUAGUUCAGCCCCAUGUCCUCAGUGUCUCAGAGGAUGGAAACUGCCUCCGGUCUGAUCCCCAUGAUCCUUACACCAUAUGUGGCCAAGCGAGAUGUCACUGCCCGCUAUGAGCUGCCCCCCGGACAGUACCUGAUCAUCCCCACCACCUACAUGCCCCAUGAGGAGUCUUCCUUUACCCUGAGGGUCUUCACAGAGACAGAGAACACACUCACGGAGAUUGACUGUGAGGUGAAAGCGAGAGGGGAGGUCUUCCAGGAGAGUGAGCUCCGGAUCAGUGCGGAAGAGUUCAGCAGACAUUUCAAGCGACUCUCAGGACAGGACCAGGAAAUCAGCCCUGAGGAGCUGCAGAAGAUCCUCAUACAGGUCACCUCCAAACACACGCACCUGAAGACACAUGGGUUUUCCCUGGACACCUGCUCCCAACUUCUGAAGAUCUCGGACUUCAGUGGGACCGGAAAGCUUCAGCUGGAAGAAUUUAAAUAUCUCUGGAGCAAGAUUAAGGAAUGGGAGCACUUAUUCACAAAACACGACCGUGACAGAUCCGGAACAAUGGACAUACAGGAGCUGCGCCUAGCACUGGAAGCUGCCGGAUUUCAGCUGAACAACUCGCUGGUGGAGUCGCUGUGUAUGAAAUAUGGGAAUGAUGUCAGGCAGGUGGAUUUUGACAGCUUCUUGUCCUGCGUAGGGCACCUGGUUGGUGUAUUUGGGGAAUGUCGGAACAUGGACCAGAACAAAGAUGGCGUCAUCACACUUGGGGAACAGCAGUGGCAGCGGAUGGCACAUCUCCAACGAGACCAGUGACCCCACGCUCACGCAACACAGCAGUGGCAGGAACCACGGAUGCACCAAACACCAUCGUCGUGUGUUUUCCAUAAAUGAGGGUUAACUCCCAAUAUUACUUUGACUUGAAAUGUAUGUAUUGAUGUUAAAAAUGAAAUGUUAUAUCUGUUACUAAAGGCCUUCAGAGUUUCCAAUAAAAGUUUACAUUUA